AUGGCGACUCCCAAUAUGCUUCCGCUACGUGGCCACGCUCUCCGCCGUCUAUUCCAGCGCACACCGGCCUCAAUAGCUGGCUUACACUCGUCUUCUCGCUGCAGGGAACGUUACAUCAACGGUUCCAAGACUGACUUCGACAAGAUCGUGCUCCAAAGUUCGACAGACCGAGUUGUUCUCGUUGAUUUCCAUGCAGACUGGUGUGGACCGUGCCACGCUCUGUCCCCCAUUCUCAAUAAGCUGACUACCGAGCGCACGACCGGCUCAGGGAAGCCGCUGGACCUCAUCACCGUUGACAUUGACAACGAAGAAGCUGGCGGCGUCGCCCUCGCCCAAGAAUACAAGGUACGCGCUAUCCCCACCGUGGUGGCGUUUCAGGGCGGAAAACCGCUGAGCCAAUUUGUCGGCGCGCUGAACGAGGGCGGUGUCGCCGACUUUCUCAACAAGCUCUAA